GCAGCCACUUGUAGCCCACGGAACUCUGCUACCUUCACUGCAGCCCACCCUCCCCUGCCGAGUUCCUGCUGGGACAGAUGAAUCUCCCUCCUAUCCACCCUCCAGAAUAGAUGGUCUUGCUGCUCCGCUGUGCUUGCCUCGAGGUUGUUGGCCACUCUCUCUGCCUCCCUCAGUUGGACCUCAAGUUGUUGCAUCAUUCGCUCACACUCUAUUCGCGCCCGUGUCUCUUCGGUCAGCCUACCUUCUGCUAGUUGACAUCGACGGAGGGCCUCGCGGUGUGCCUGUUCAGCCUGUUGCACUCUGCGAUAGACGAUUUGCUCAUUCUCAAUAACUCGCCUCUCAAAAUCUCCCUGUCUCUCCUCUGCUUGUCGUCGCGUGUUUUCAGCUUCAGUCAUCCUCUCUUCUGCUCUUCUCUGUCUCUCGGUUGAUACCCUUACCCUUCCCUCCAUAUCUGCCACCCUUUCCUCAGCCUGUCUCCGUCUUCUUUCUUCUUCCCUUACUGCUUCCACCAUGUCUGCCAAACGCCCCUCGACUUCACCUGACCUUUCUCUCCUCUCCCUCGCGCCAGCCUCAGAUUUUUGUAGCCACUCUUGUAGCUUGGCUAUCUCCUCCUCUGCCACCCUUGCCCUACCGUUAGCCUCCAACAGUUUUCUCUCUACAUCUCUAGCUCUAGUCUCUCCCUGUGCAGCUUGUCGGGUGGCCUGUCGGCAAAGUUGACAUUGGAAUUCUUCUUUCUCCUGCACUAGAGCUGCUUUUUCUGAUCUCAGGAUCUGAAUAUUUCUUUGUGUCUCCCCUCUUUUCUCUUCACUGAUUUCGGUGACUUCCUUUUCAACCUCUUGUCUUUGUUGCUGCUCUGGUUCUCUCCUCUCAUCAGCCAUACGCCGACGAGACGGCUCCCUGCUCAGCAUAUCGUCGGGGUGGAGGAGAAGGGCACAGGCACCAGCUUGGUGCAGCUCUUACGGUGGCCCAGUAGACUAGUGCCUGCUCUCUCACACCUGAGCGGCCCCGCCCCCAAAAGGGCGUUGCGUCCGAGCUUUAUAGCUGCGAUGGACGGAGCAGAGAAGGUGAGAGUGUUAGUCUGCGGAGACGGCGGAGUUGGCAAGAACAGACUCAUUAAGAAGUUCAUCUCUGUAGGAGGGAUAAAAGCGAGCACUCUGUCAACCAUCGGGGUUGAUGUUCAGAGCAAGACUAUUCGAGUUGGAGACAAGGAUGUAAAGUUGCAAAUCUGGACCACAGCCGGACAAGAAAGAUUCAGGUCCAUGCCUGCUAAGUACUAUGGAAGAGCUGAUGGUAUUGUCCUGGUGUAUGAUGUGACGCAAAGAAAGACAUUUGACAAUGUCAAGCACUGGCUGACAGAUAUCACAGAGAACACACUCAACAGAGAUGUGAGGAUUGCUCUGGUGGGAAACAAGAUAGACCUGCUAACAACCCCUGAGUCGUCAGACACCCACAGCAGAGCUCUGGCCUCUUCGAAUGGCAUACUGUUCUUUGAGACAAGCGCUGAGACUGGGGAGAACUUGGAGGAGCUUUUUCUUGCUCUGGCUACGGAAAUCCUAGACAAGGUGAGUCUCUGGACAUGCAAGUAUCUCUCUACUCGUCAUUUACACAUGUAA